AUGGAGGGAGAUGGGCUGACUCCCAAGCAGAUUCUAGACGCAUGCGUUACCAUUCUUGACAACCUCGCGCACGAUCUCUACAGAUUUUUGCCUGCGGUGAAUCCUUUGCGACUUAAUAGCAUUCUUACAAGAUUAAUUGCGCAUUUUCAGCAUGGUAUUGACGAGAAUCCUGCCGGCACCAAGACCAAGCGCAAAGUCACCGCAACUGACCAUCCCACCAUCCAAGGGGAUCCUACUCUGGCAUUCCCGAGAUUCCUCGAGCUGGCGGAGGAAUUGAUGCCCACACUUCAGCUUGGUCCCAUCUCCAUACAAGGGCUUACCAACGCACGAACUUGGCUCAAACGACGAGUCAGCAUGGGCCGUGGAUACCUUGACAAGAUGAAGCGCAAUAUGCGUUUCCACUUCUUCGACCACGUUCACUUCUUUCUUGAGAAACAUGGACAUGCUGAAUUGGGGUACGACGCCCCGGUUCCGCGUGGAUAUCAAGCUCCGCCCAAGGUGACUGCUGGGGACUAG